CGGUCACGCGCGCGGCCUCACCGUGGCCGGAAGUGCAGGGCUGGGCGGCGGGUCCGGGUCCGCUGCCGCCGGUGCGCCCGAGCGCGGCCCCUGCCGCCCCUCUCCCGCUCCCCUCGGCCCCGCCGGGUUCCCUCAGCCACCCCCGCCGGGUUCCCUCAGCCACCCCCGCCAUGCACCCGCGCCGCCCCGAAGGCUUCGACGGCCUCGGCUACCGCGGGAUCGGCCGCGACGAACUGGGUCCCGGCUCCAGGCCCUUCAGCGGCGGCUCGGAGCUGGGCUCCUGGGUGACCAGCCCGCCCGACAUCCCUGGCAGCCGCAACCUGCACUGGGGCGAGAAGACGCCGCCGUAUGGGGCCGGGACCCCUCUGGGCGGCGCCGGCUCCAACGAGGAGGCCAGCCUCGCGGCGGGCGGCCCCGGCGCCGAGCAGUUGAACAGAUUUGCUGGCUUUGGUAUUGGCCUUGCAAGUCUAUUUACAGAAAAUGUGUUGGCACAUCCUUGCAUUGUUCUACGUCGUCAAUGUCAGGUUAACUAUCAUGCACGGAAUUAUCAUCUCACACCGUUUACUAUUGUCAAUAUCAUGUACUGCAUCAAUAAGACACAGGGUCCAAGAGCUCUAUGGAAAGGAAUGGGCAGCACUUUCAUUGUUCAGGGCAUAACCCUGGGAACAGAAGGCAUCAUCAGUGAAUUUACACCUUUGCCAAGAGAGCUUUCACAUAAAUGGAAUCUCAAGCAGAUAGGUGGACACCUUUUACUCAAAGGGUUAACACAUGUGAUAGCAAUGCCUUUUUAUUCUGCAAGCCUGAUUGAAACUGUACAGAGUGAAAUAAUUCGAGACAAUCCUGGCAUUCUGGACUGCGUGAAAGAAGGAAUUGGCAGAGUUGUAGGCUUGGGAGUACCCCAUAGCAAGCGUCUCCUUCCUCUGAUGGUCCUGACUUUUCCCACUGCUCUGCACGGGGUUCUUCACUACAUCAUCAGUUCCAUCGUACAGAAGCUUGUCUUGUUUGUUUUGAAAAGGGAUAAUUCCCACAACCUUCCAACUGAGAGUUCCACUUCUGUGCAGAGCAUGCUGGAUGCGUAUUUUCCAGAACUUAUUGCUAGCUUUGCUGCUAGCCUUUGUGCUGAUGUCAUGCUUUACCCACUGGAAACAGUUUUGCACCGCCUUCAUAUUCAAGGGACACGCACAAUAAUUGACAAUACAGACCUUGGCUAUGAAGUGCUUCCAAUCAAUACUCAGUAUGAGGGAAUGAAAGACUGCAUAAAUACUAUAAAACGGGAAGAAGGAAUGCAAGGUUUUUAUAAAGGAUUUGGAGCUGUUAUAGUCCAGUAUACCUUGCAUGUGGCAGUUUUACAGCUUACCAAAAUUAUUUACUCAACACUGCUUCAAAAUGUUUCUUAAUCUGUCCAGGUCUGGAAUUAGCACAUUGGACAUGAUUGACUUGCUAACCUAGUUAUUGUUCAAAUGGCUUAGAAAAUGAACUUUGGGGAGUCCACUCUGUGGAUUCUCCUUACACUGUAGAACAACUUGUUUUAAAAAUGGGGAUAUAGUUUCCGAAGUGUAAUUAAAAAAGGACUGUUUAAAAAUUACAGACACAAAUUGAAUAUGUCAUAUGCAGUCAUACAAAGGGGAUCAGAUUUCAAAUGUGAUUGCAUUGAGGAUUUACUUUUCCUCUUACCAGUUCACUGACAUAAGGAAUGAAUAUGAAUUGUUAGUAUCUGCUUUAUAAGCAUCACAUCUGAUAUUUAAGAUAGACUGUUAAGCAGUUGAAAGGAAUUUAUUUUCUUAAGUUAUAAGAACUUGCAGUUAGGGGACUGGUGGCUUUGCUGGUCUUUUAAAAAUGUUUCCAACUUCACUGUUAAUGGAACUGCAAGUAAAAUAGAAACUGUAAAAGUGACUUAAGUAGACUUAAAUGUUAUCAUUUGUAGGUAUAUAGAAGACUUAUUUUGCUGCAGUGUGGCAGAAGAUGACAAAUGAGAAUCUCUUGCUUUGUAUAAAAACAACGAAAAAUGGGUGUGGGUCAAAGCUGCACAGAAUGCAAAUUUGGCUGUCUUGCAGUUUGUUUGCAGGGCUUACAAUAACUGUGUGAAUAAAGCAAAAUAGAAAUUGAUGUGUGCAUGUGUAAGUGCCAUUUUUAGUUGACUUUCCACUGACAACUUUAGGGUUUAGUUUUACUCUAAUGAUCCAUAUGAGAGUGUAAUAAUCAUACAAGUCUAUGUAGUUGUAGUAGUGGUGUUCAAAGUGUACAGAAAGCCUAAGAAAACAAUUGGCUGUUCUUAGAGUUUUUAUUUUGUUAGAUUGGAGGAGUGUGUAUAAAAUUGUCUUCUUAACUAUUUAGCACUGAUGUCUGUAAUUUAAAAUCUCUGCUAGUUUAAAUAUUUUGUGGAGCAGAGCUAAGUCUGUUUAUGUGCAAGGGAACCAUUGAAAUAAAUAAUUUUUGCCCUCUCCCCCUUCAGACUCAGCCUGAAAAUGAUUUUUAAUCAUUUUAAAUAACCUAAUCCUUGGUUUCUUCAGUAAAUAUGGGGGCUGGGAGAUGGUUUUUGCAAAUAAAACAAGCAUGUGGAAAGUCACUUUUAAAUUGUGAGAGGCCGCUGCUUUUUCACAUUCAUGUGGCAAGUCUGUUUUUGUGAAUGCUGUAAACUGAUCUGCAUUUUAAUCAUUAAUCAUUGUGUAGUUGCCACUUAUGGAAAGCAGUCAUGGUAAAAUAAUGCAAAGAUGUUGCUCUUUGUAAGUUCUGACUUCAUAUCAGGUCUACUUUAUUAUUAAUCUAACUUUCAUGUAUUUUAAAUGCCUAAGUGUUGAAAUGGAGAGUAUGGUGAACUUGGAAACUGGAUUCUUUUGAAGUACUGUUGAUUGCAAUUCUGGUGUAUAGUGUAUGAAAUAAAAUGAGAAUUCACUGCAAGUAUUAUAAAAUCAUUCACCAAAGAGGCAUGUAAAGGAA